AUGGCUUCUCUGCCAGCCACGGGUGGUGCUGCAGGUGGCGAUUCAGACCAGGUUUUGGUAGAAGCACAUGGCUCAACACGCACACUUAUUUUGAAUAGGCCAAAUCAGCUUAAUGUACUCUCCUCCGCAAUGAUUAAGGGACUCCUGAGGUGUUUCAUUGUUUUUGAGAAAGAUGACAGAGUUAAAUUGUUGAUUAUGAAGGGGAAAGGAAGAGCAUUUUGUGCUGGAGGUGAUGUUACUGAAUGUGUCCGGUCUAUACAUAACGAAAGCUGGAAAUGGGGUGCUGAUUUCUUCAGAGAUCUAUAUUUGUUAAACUACAUGAGUGCAACAUAUAUCAAACCUCAGGUUUUUGCAAUGCCAGAAACAGCUCUUGGUUCCCUUCCAGGCGAGUAUGUUGCUCUUGCUGGUGCCAGAUUGGAUGGUGCUGAAAUGCUGGCAUGUGGUCUGGCUACUCAUUUUGUCCAGUCAAAUAGACUACCAUUGCUCCAAGAAUCCCUCAAAAAGCUGGACACCUCCAAUACUUUUGCCGUGUGUAGUACAAUCGAUCAUUUUGCUCAACAGCCAUCAUUGAAAGAAAAUAGUUCCUUGAAUAGGUUGGAAAUAAUCAAUAAAUGCUUUUCUAAAAGCACAGUUGAAGAAAUUAUAUCCACUCUAGAGCAAGUGGCCUCAAAUUUGGCUGAUGAAUGGGUUGCUAGGACAAUCCAGUAUUUAAAGAAGGCUUCUCCUACUAGUCUGAAAAUCACUCUGAGAUCGAUAAGAGAAGGGAGAACACAAACUGUUGGGGAGUGCUUGCAUCGGGAAUAUAGGGUGAUUUGCCAUCUCAUACGUGGUGACUUCAGCCGAGACUUCUAUGAGGGAUGCAGGGCUAUACUAUUAGAUAAAGAUCGAAGACCAAAGUGGAUGCCUCCAAAUUUGGAACAAGUACAUGAGGAGGUAGUUGAAGAAUAUUUCUCAAGAAUUGAUGAUCCACAGUGGGAAGAUUUGAACCUACCCGACAGACGUUCUCAUGGAAGAAUUAUUGAGUCCAAGAUUUGA